AUGGAGGAGGUACCUCACAGGCGCAGAGGAGGAAUCGGUGAUGGCAGCCCCGAUCCCGCUCAGGUAUGGGAAAGAGACGACUGUUUCAAUAUCAUGGUUGAGUGCCCCAGGCUUCUAGCAAAGAAGCAGAAUGGAUUUCGGCGUUUCGUGGGUCCGUCGCCCACUGGUGAUGACAAAACAUUCCAAUCAGCUGCUCAGAGCUCCGGCAAGCUGUUCAUGGUGGGUGUCUCGCCACUACAGUUCAAGCACAUGGAUGUCACGCACAACUGGUACCGCAGAGGAGAGGAUAAUCUCCAGUUCCGUCUUGGACAGGUGUUGGAACUUCAACCAGACAUGAUCGAACUACAGACCUGGAACGACGCUGGAGAGAGUCACUACAUGGGGAACAUUUGGUCUGAGGCAACUGGUGGAGAUGCGAUCCCGGCAUAUACCGACGGAUACAACCACACGGGCUAUUGGGAGAUUCUUCCAUCGUUUAUUCAGGCGUAG